GUCAACAUCUGGGAGCUCAUCCUGGUGCCGUGGACGUGCCUGCUCCUCAUCCUUGUCUGCUACCUGCUGGCCGGGUCGCACGGGCAGGUUGCUGCGAUGUGGCUCGUCCCGACGGUGAUGAUCGGGCUCUCCGUGGCCUUCAUCAACUGGCACUACAAGCUCGGGAACAACGCGGAGGUCGUCUUGGGCCUGCUCUGCAUUACCGCGGUGCUGAUUGGGCUGGUGGUGGGGGUGUACGCGGCGGUGAAGACCCUGAGCGAGUACAGGCGCCUCAGCAUGGGCGCCUCGUACUUCAACGUCCUGGCCUCCGAGCCUGCGGCCGGGCGCGUGGACGGGGCCACCUUCAUGUUCGUGAACGGGACUGCCGUGGACCAGUCCCGCGCCUUCGGCUACACCGACAUCUAUUCCUCCUCCGCCACGAUGUACUGCGUCGCGCCGGUCGUAUCGCAGGACGGCGGCAAGCUCAGCACAAUCAGCUUCUGGGUCGCGGGCACCGACUGCUGCGAGGCGCGGGGCAACUUUUAUUGCGGCGAGGCGACCAUCGCGGGCGCGAGCGGCGCACUUAUGCAACCGCAAGCCAUGCAGAACAGCGAGGGCUUCCGCCAUGCCAUCACCGGGGCGAACAGCGCGUACAGAUGCCCCGAGCUAUCUACUCCUGGCGUGGUCAUCCAAUCCGAAUGCAUAUAG